AUGACAACUUCAACCUCACCACCUGUGCCGAUAGCGGUCAUCGGUGUCGCCUACAGGGCGCCAGGCGUGGGGAGAAAGGGGCUCUUUGACUUUCUGUCCGAGGCCAGGUCGGCCUUCUCCCGCGUUCCCAAAGACCGUUUCAACCAUGAGUCGUUCCAUUACAACGACUCUGCCAAGCCGGGCGCUCUCUCGGCCAAAGGAGCCUACUUCCUACCUGACGAUAUUUAUGCCUUUGACGCUCCCUUUUUCAACAUCACCGCCGAAGAAGCCGUGUCAAUGGACCCCCAAAUUCGUGUGCUGCUAGAAUGUGCAUUCGAAGCUGCUGAGAAUGCAGGACUGCCCCUCGACAGGCUUUCAGGAUCCAAGACGGGUGUCUUCUCGGCCCAGGAAGAGGCAGAGUAUGGCCAGCAGAUGAUUGAAGAUCUCCCAACAUCGACAAAGUACUGCAUUACUGGCAACGCGGGCUGCAUGGUGUCUAACCGCCUCUCUUACUUCUUCAACCUCAGGGGUCCGAGUAUUUCUCUCGACUCCGCCUGCUCCAGCAGCGGUUACGCGGUGCACAUGGCCUGCCAGAGUCUCCGCGCCGGCGAGUGCGAGACGGCCUUCGUCGGCGCAUCGUCGCUGAUGGUCAACCACCACACCAUGUCGCAGCUCGACACCCUGGGCGCCCUCUCGUCCGACGGCAAGUGCUUCUCCUACGAUAGCCGCGCAAACGGCUUCGGAAGAGGAGAGGGCGCCUCCUGUUUGAUCCUGAAGCGGCUGGAUCAGGCUAUCGAGGCAGGCGACCCCGUACACGCCGUCAUCCGCAACUCGGCGGCCAAUCACUCCGGCCGCACGAGAGGAAUCACGUUGCCGUCGCAGGUAGCUCAGGAGGAGCUGCUUUGGCGCGUGCAUCAGGAGGUCGGCCUCAAGCCGGCCGAGACGGAUGUGGUCGAGGGCCACGGCACAGGAACCCCCGUUGGGGACCCCAUCGACGCCUCUGCCGCGGCGAAUGUUAUCGGAAGGGAUCGAGAGGGGAGGAAAGUCUACCUCGGCUCGUUGAAGUCCAACUUUGGCCAUUUGCAUAGCGCUAGCGGCCUGCUCUCCGUCAUCAAGGCGACGAUGAUGGUCCGGCUGGGCACAAUCUUCCCCAACGCGGAGUUCGAGACGAUGAAUCCCAAGAUUGACUCGUCCAGGCUCGAGGUCGUCCGCCGUCCCACGCCGUGGAUGUCUCCCGAAUCAAGGCCUAGACGGGCAGUGGUCACUAAUUUCGGCUUUGGCGGGAGCAAUGCGGCCGUGUUGAUUGAGGAGUACAAGACCAACGAGAACCCCUCGUCGUCGCUCUCGUCGCUGACGACAUCGUCUCAGUCUUCUCAAAUGCUUUUUCCCAUCUCCGCGCAGUCACUUGCCUCCCUUUCUAGCUAUCAAUCACAGCUAGUAUCCCAUCUCGAGAAGGUUUCCGCUGAAAACUCGGUUGGGACCUGCUCUUCCUCCUCAUACCUGGGUGACCUGGGCUACACCCUCGGCCUGAGACGGACGCACUUCGCCCACCGCAUGGCCCUUGUCGCGGGAUCUCUCUCAGAGCUGCGUGAGCAACUUGUCUCCCCUUCACUAUCCAGCACGGGAGGCAGAGUGGCCGCGGGCCAGAAGCCUGCCCCAUGCUUCGUCUUCACUGGCCAGGGUGCCCAGGCCGCCCGCAUGGCCGUAGGUCUCGGUCCCCAGUACCCGGUGUUCGCGAAGGCGAUGGAAGACGCUGAGAAGCAGCUCCGAGCGUUCGGCGCGACGUGGUCGCUGGCCGAGGAGCUGGCCAAGUCAGAAGGUUCACGCAUCAACGAGGCGGAGAUCAGCCAGCCGGCCUGCACCGCCGUUCAACUGGGCCUGGUUGAGCUCCUCCGCAGCUGGGGCGUCUCGCCGAUGGCCGUGGUAGGCCACAGCUCGGGUGAGAUCGCCGCCGCCUACGCCGCCGGACUCUUGUCAUUCAAAACGGCCUUGGCCGUCGCCUUCUUCCGCGGUCGGUCUACCGUCGAGCUGCUGGCCCAGCAGGGAGAGAACGGCGGCGAGGGCGGUGGGAUGCUGGCUGUCGGCGCGGACGUCAACACGGCUGACGAGCUUCUCCGACACACGGCCAGCGUCGGUCGUGCUGGGAUUGCUGCCAUCAACAGUCCUAACAGCGUCACUCUAUCCGGAGACGUGGCUGUGAUCGACGCCGUCGAGCGCAUCGCCAACGCUCAGGGUAUCUUCAACCGCAGACUGAGAGUCAAUGUUGCGUACCACUCCCACCACAUGGAGCGUGUUGCCAGUUCGUAUGUUGCCGCCAUUGAGCCGUACUGUGCGGAGGAUUGCAAGAGCCGGCUGGCGCUCAAUGGCGACUACGAGAAGAAGAGAGGGUCGGUGCCCCUUUUCUCGUCUGUGACCGGCCAAGCCGAGAGCGCGGAAACCAUCACUUCCGCGCAGUAUUGGGCCAAGAACCUCGUCAGUCCCGUUAGGUUCUCCGAGGCCGUCACGCUUGUGGCCAAUGAAUCCUCGGCAAACAUGCUCGUCGAAAUCGGCCCGCAUGCCGCACUCAAGGGGCCCAUCAACCAGAUCUUGCAGUCGUUAGAGCAGGAGAAGAAGAACGACAGUAUCACGUAUGUUCCCUCGCUUGUUCGCGGCACGGAUGACGUCAAGGCUGUGCUGCAACUCGCUGGCCGUCUGUAUGCCAUGGGACUCAGCAUCGACUUUCUCGCCGUUAACGGAACGGGGCCGAAGAGUGGUCACCGCGUCUUGGCUGAUCUCCCUUCAUACGAGUGGGACAAGAAGGCGAGAUUCAUCCACCGAUCGCCCGUCUCGGUCGGCAAAUUCCACUCCGGCCACACCUUCACGCCCCUCCUGGGCUGGAAGAUGGCCUCUCACGGCCGGGAUCAUGUCUUCCGCCAGGUCUUCACGCUGGACGAGUUGCCUUGGGUUCGGGACCACAAGGUUGUCGGUGACGUUCUUUUCCCCUUUACGGGCUUCUUGAGUCUGGCGGUGGAUGCUUUCCGAUCCAUCACCACCACCACCGACGAUCCUGCCACGUCCUUUUCCAUCUGCGAAAUGUACAUCGAGCGCGGCUUGCACAUCAAGGAAGAGCAGCGCGUUGAUAUCUGCACCAAGCUGAGACCCGUAGAGACGGGAACGGGUCACCUCUCGUCUUCCACGUGGGCUUUUGAGGUCAUGACUUGGGGCGAGCAAACAGGCUGGGUCACCCACGUGCACGGCAGAAUCGAAGCCGGCUCGGAGGGGGAGGAAUGCCUCGGUGCGUCUGAAAGCCCGGUGUGGCAGGCUGCCGAGAAGAUUCUGCAGGGAGUCAACGCUGGCGAGCUGAACGAAGCUACCGCUCUGUUUGGCUAUGAUACUCUCGACCGCUCCGGUGUCUGUUACGGUUCGAGCUUCAAGAACAUCUUCGAGAUGUGGAGAUCCCCCGGCCAGACGGUUCAUCGCACACGUCUUCGGCAGACCAACGACGAGGAGCCGCUCUCCAUCCCGAAGCGCGGAUCCGCCAUAACGGUCGACCCUCCGAUGCUCGACUCCGUGCUGAGCUCCGCCCUUCUCGCCGUCGGCGACGGCCUCCCGGAGCCGCGCCCGGCUUUCGUGCCGACGUACGUCCGCCGGAUGCAGCUCUCCAACGCCAUCCCCUGCGAGCCAGGCCAGCUCUUCACCACCGUCUCCCAUCGCAAGACCUUUCAGGAGAAGACAGGCCGUUCAGAUGUCAGCAUCGUCGUGUGGGCCGAUGGCCCGCAGGGUUCCAACACGCGCGUCCCCUGUGUCGAGAUGGAACUCACGUACCAGCGUAUCAACGAUGCCGGCCAGGAAGGCGAGGAGCAGGUCAAGCAAACUCUGCCCCGCGGUUAUCAAGAGGUGUUGGUGCCGCAUGUCGACCUCUCUGAUAAUAAGGUUCUCUCGGAGUCCAUCAUGGACCGUUCUUGGACUCCGGAUGAGCUGCUCCCCCGACACAAGCACAAUGCCGUCGGCCGGCAUUUUCUCAAGCUUGCGAUCCAAGUCGCCGCCGGCCUCGACGAAGACACGCUGCCAAAGCACCUGAAGGCCUUUUUGGCAUGGGCAGAGGUCCAAGUCCGCGAUGCCGAUGACGAGCCGGAAGCCAACGCUGAAUUGCUGCGGGAGGUUGCCAGAGACGAUGCCUUUGGCGAGCUCAUCUGCGCCGUGGGCAACGCGAUCCCCCAGAUCCUGCGCGGCGAGGUCGAGCCUCUGGAGGUUAUGAUGAAGGACGGCCUUCUCAUGAAGCACUACGACGACAUCCGCACCAUGGCCAGGGGCAACCAGGCUCUCGCCAGGUACAUCGCCAACCUCGGCGAGCUCAACCCGGACCUGAGGAUCAUCGAAGUCGGCGCCGGCACGGGAGCAGCCACCACCAAGGUCCUGCAGGCGUUGUCCGCCGAGGAGCCGGAAGAGGAAGACAAUUUCUCCGCGUAUACAUACACGGACAUCUCACCCGGUUUCUUCGAUGCCGCGCGCAAGAAGCUGGCGAGAUGGCCGCAGGUGACCUACACCAAGCUCGACAUCAGCCAGGACCCGGCCGAGCAGGGCAUCGAAGUGGGCACCUACGACGUCGUCAUCGCGUCCAAUGUACUGCACGCGACGCAGGAUAUUGAGGAAACCGUCCGCAACAUCGGUAGCCUUCUCAGGCCCGGCACUGGCAAGCUUGCCAUUGUCGAGUCGCUGCCGGACAGCUGCGACGCCGCUUUCCUCCCGUACACCAUCCUGCCGGGCUGGUGGCUGACGGAGGAUAGCUGGAGACAGGGGAACGACGGCCCGCUCAUGUCACAGGAGACUUGGGACCGGCUGCUCGUCACCCUCGGCUUCAACGGCGUCGAAGGUGCUGUGGCGGACUGGCCAGGUGCGGAUGUGUGCAUCGUCAAGACGAUGUGGUCGACCAAGUUGUCCGAUGACAUCCAAGAUGACGAGGAAGAGUCCGACGCGGCUGGAGAGGUGACGAUCUGUGGCACCAUCAUCGAGGACCAGCGGCAGCUUGCCGGGGCCGUCCAGAGCAAGCUGGAGCAUCUCAAGCCACAGAUGAUCAAGUCCAUUCCAGAGCCCCAACAAAUCAGUGACAUGUUCUGCAUCUUCCUGGACUGUGGCGAGACCAGCUUCCUCGCCGACGUGGCCACCGAGGAGGCCUUCGCGGCACUUAGGGCCAUGGUGCUUGACACACGCGGUCUCCUCUGGGUGACCCCCGACGCUGACAGCCCCGAGUUUGCUCGCGUCCAAGGCCUGCUCCGCACGCUGCGGCUGGAGGAUCCGACGAAGAAGCUCCUCUGGCUCAGCAAGGCACCAACCAGCGACCCAACGCAGACGGCUGAGCUGGUCGACAAGCUCACCGAGAGACUUGUCAAGGACUCUUCUUCGUCGCCCGCAGAGCUCCUCGAGCAGGACUUCGUGUGGCAGAACGGCAUGUUCCAAGUGCCUCGCCUUCGCAGACUCCCCGAGACAACGAGGACGUUCGCCAUCGAAAAGGGGCUUUCGGUCCGACGGGAGCAGAAUCUCUGGGAGGGCUCAAGCCCCAACAGCGCCCUCUUCAUGACCAUGGACACGCCGGGCGUCAUGGACUCGGUGUACUUCAAGCGCCACGACCUGAUGGCCCCGGCCGAGAAGCCUUUGGGCGACGACGAGAUCGUCGUCAAGGUGGACGCUUGCGGCAUCAACUUCCGCGACGUGCUCGCCCUCCUCAACACCAUACCCUGGAGUCUGCCGGGCCGCGAAGGAGCGGGCACCGUCGUCGCCGCCGGCGCAAACGUCGCCUAUGUCCGGCCGGGAGACAGUGUGUUCUACAUGAUCGCCCAGGGCGGCCUCGCGACGCAUGUCCGCAUUCCCGCGGCACACGCUUGCAAGCUGCCGUCGGGUCUCUCCCCCGCCGAGGCGGCCUCGAUGGCUGUCGCCUACGUCACCGCUCUCGUGUGUCUUGAUGACGUCGCCAGGCUCCGGCCGGGCGAGUCUGUACUCAUCCACGCGGCCUCGGGCGCCGUCGGCCAGGCGUGCGUGCGCAUUGCCCAGAGCAUGGGCGCCACCGUCUUCGCCACAGCCGGGUCUGAGGAGAAGAGGACGUUUGUCUACGAGAAACUCGGGUUGCCGCGUGAGCAUAUCUACUCGAGCCGUAAGCGGGGUUUCGCUGCUGGCAUCCUCAAUGUGACGGGCGGCCGCGGCGUCGACGUCGUCGUCAACUCCCUCAGCGGCGAGCUGCUUCGGGACACAUGGUCAAUCGUCACCGAGUUUGGUCGCUUCGUCGAGAUCGGGAAGAAGGACAUUCUGGCCAACUCGCACUUAGGCAUGAGGCAGUUCGAGCGCAACGUCUCCUUCUUCGCCGUGGACCUCGUGCCGUACCUCUCGCACAAGUCGGACAGCAUCCAGGCCUGUCUGGCAAAGAUGGUAAGCCUGUUCGAAGCCAAGGUUAUCCAGCCCAUCCAGCCUAUCCAUGAGGUGCCCGUCUCCGAUAUCGUCUCCGGCUUCCGUGCUCUGCAAAGUGGUCAAAACAUCGGCAAGAUUGUCGCUAUCAUGGGGAAAGAUGAUAGGGUCGUGGCAGACGUGGCAUCGCCGCUCCGCCGGGACGACGGCAGUGAUUUGCUUCGCAGUGAUGCGACGUAUCUCAUCACUGGUGGAACCGGUGGCAUUGGCAAGUCCCUCGUGCCUUGGAUGCUGGAGAACGGUGCGUCUAACGUCGUCGUGCUCGGCCGGUCAGCCACCACCAACACCGAAGUGGCGAAGCUGAUCAGCGAAUACGACUCGCCUUCAACGGGCGUCCGCGUACGUGCUGUGGCGUCUGACGUCUCCUCUCGAGACAGUCUCCUUGCCGCGUUGGAAACAGUCAAGGACCUCCCUCCCGUCAAGGGCGUGAUCCACGGCUCAAUGUACCUCCGCGACUCCAUCUUCUUCAACGCUUCCUUCGACGACUGGAAGGCCAUCAACGGCCCCAAGAUCGACGCAGCUUGGAACCUUCACCACCUCCUCCCCGAUCUUGAUUUCUUCGUCGCCCUCGCAUCCGGGGCUAACGUCGUCGGCAACGUCGGCCAGUCCAUCUAUUGCCAAACAUCAUCCUUCCUCGAUGCCUUCGCCCAGUGGAGGAGCCGCACCGGCAAGCCAACCAUUUCCAUCAGCCUGCCUGUCGUGGAUGACGUCGGCUACGUCAUCCAGCAAGGUAUGCGUGAGCAGCUCCUCGAGAAGCUGGGCUUCUACAUCUCCAUCGCCCAGGUCCACACUGUCAUCAAGGGCGCCAUCAUCGGCCCGUCGUCAGGCCUAAACAUCGACUCGCGAGCCAUUGCGUUCGUGCUCUACGACUCGCCCCAAGGCAAGUCACAUGGGCUGGAAGAACGGUCGCGCUACCUGUCCGCUCUGCGUCAGAAGAAGUGGAGGGAAAACAAGCACGCGUUGGACGGUCAUGGCGACGGCGAGGUCGCCGCCGGAGGAGAGCUGAGCCUUCUGGACGCUCUGACCGGGAAGGUCUCGUCUAUUACGAUGAUGAGCCGCGAGGACGUGACGCCGACACGCAGUCUCAUCGAGUACGGCCUGGACUCGCUCGUGUCGGUGGAGCUGCGGAACUGGAUUAAGAGAGAAUACGGAGCUGAUUUGGCUCUUACGCAGAUCGUUGGCGCCCCUGAUUUGCAGACGUUGGCGGACGUGAUUGUUACUCGUCAGAAGGCGUGA